GAAUUACUAUUUAGCCUUAAAAUACAUCAAACAUUUUCAAAGAACCUUCUUGGUUUAAUGGUACAGAAUGUCCCUCUGGUAUUCUUUUAUUCUUUUACUUGUUUCAGUCAUUUGACUGUGGCCAUGCUGGAGCACCACCCUUUAGUGGAAGAAAUCGACCCCUGGACUUAUUUCAUGUAAGCCUAGUGCUUAUUCUAUCAGUCUCUUCUGCCGAACAGCUAAGUUAUGGGGACGCAAACGCACCAACAUCAAUUGUCAAGCAAUGGUGGAGGGGGGGACAAACACUCACGCACAUGACAGGCUUCUUUCAGUUUUUAUCUACUAAACUACUGCAACAGUGAUCAAAAUCAGGAUGUGAAACUUAUGAAGCCAAGAGUUUACUUCUCUGACAGGGUACUCACCAAAAUUAUAAAUAUUAAUAUUUUAUUAUACAGAGUUUGAGGCAUUUUAUUUGAGACAAAUCAAAUGGAUAACUAAGUAAUGUAAGUUGAGUUAAUAAUAAUAAUAAUAAUAAUAACAAUGACAAAAACAACAGGAAUAGUCCUUUUUACUGUAGACACAAGGCCUGAAAUUUUGGGGUAGUGGGCAACAUAAUUGCAUAGACCUCAGUACUCAACUGGUACUUAUUUUAUCUACCUUGAAAGGGAUAAAAGACAGAAUUUGAUCCUAGAAUGUAAAGACAAACACAAUACUGCAAAGCAUUUUGUCUUGGCAGACUAAUUUUAUUAUUUUUAUAAUUAUAUUAUGGACCCUGAAAGGAUGAAAGGCAAAGUUGAAAUCCACUGAGAUCACCUUUGCCCUUCAUCCUUUCAGGGUUGAUGAAAUAAGUACCAGUUACACACUGGGGUCAAUGUAAUUGAUUUACCCCUCCCCCAAAUUUCAGGCCUUGUGCCUAUAGUAGAAAGGAUUAUUAUUAUUAUUAUAAACAAUAAUAAUAAUAAUCAUAAUAAUAAUAAUAAUAAUAAUGAUGAUAAUAAUAAUAAUAAUAAUAAUGGUUUCAAAUUUUGACCUAUGGUCAGCUAGUUCAGUGGAGGGAGUGAAUCAAUUACAUUGACCCCGUAAGGAUGAAAGACCAAGUUGACCUUGGUGGAAUUUUAACUCAGAAUGUAAAGGCAGACGAAAUCCCACUAAGCAUUUUGGCUAGUGUGCUAAUGAUUCUGCCGACGCCGAUGACCCUUUAUAUUAUAGGCACAAGGCCUGAAAGUUUGGAGGAGGGGGUAGUUGAUUACAUUGACCCCAGUAUUCAACUGGUACUUAUUUUUCUGACCCCAAAAGAAUGAAAGGCAAAGUUAACUUUGAUGGAAUUUGAACUCAGAACUUGGAAACAGACGAAAUACUGCUAAGCAUUUCACCUGGCAUGCUAAUGAUUCUGCCAGCUCGCCAAUAAUAAUAAUAAUGGCUAUACAGUCCUAUUAUUGGACAGUCUUAGAGACACAGUCCUAUUACUGAAGAUGCUAUAGUUAUAAGAUUGGAACUGAAUUCAUCUUGUUUUAGGACUAAUGUGAUCUUUGUGAGUUUAUUUUUCUUACUUGAUGAAAAUUUGAGAGAACUGAUUAUUACACUUAACUUGUGAUAUCAGUUCUAUCAAAGCUUCAACAACAUUUUGAAUAAAAUUCGAAAGUAACACUCUACUGUGUAGAUAAGAAAACUAACUCACUAAGAUCAUGUUAAUCCCCAAACAAGUCAGCAGUGAUAGUCAAAAGUGCAUGCAUAGGACACAGGCUAAAACACAUGAACAGAGACAAAACAGUGAAAAAGGUAAAGAAAAAGGUUGUAUAGCCACAUGAGGAAUAAUGCUGAAAUUUUAGGAAGCAUGGUAUUUCUGAAGGAUACAAUGUUUUGACAAUGAAUAACUAAUGCAGAUAGUUUAUUGCGUGUUUCAUCAAUACUGAGCAUGAAAAAAUGUUUCCAAAAAUCAUGGGUGCUGCACUGUUUUCUGUAUUUUAUAAGCAUGUCCACAGAUGAUAGAGAUAUUGAAUUAAAAAAGGUGACCAAAGUUAUUGUUGGAAAGAUGGUGAUUAAUCUUGUGGGCUUCUACCAAAUCAGCUGCUGGAUGUUGAAGCUUUAGUGUGUUGAAGGCUAGAAAAGCAAGAUGUUCAAGAUAUGGUAAGUAACUGAUGGAGAGUAUUCAUGUGAUUGCAUGUCUCUGAACAGCUUCUGGUAGAUUGGUAUUCUGGAUAAAAUGGGAGUUGCAGACUGGAAAUGCAAACUCUAAAUGUGGAUGUACCAUAGCUAUAUAUAGCUGGUAAGCAGCUAACAAUGGUCUUACUGAAUGAUGCUAUGGUAUUUUCUGCUUUCUUUAAUGAUUUUAAAAAUUUGGUGUGUCCAACAUAGAUCAUUGUUGAUAAUAAUGUCUAAGUCAUGCUCACCAGCAAACUUAAGGUUGGUCUUGUGGGGAGAGAGUAGAUAAAUUUCAGGUUUUCCUCCUAAAAUGUGCACUGGUCUACAGUCAGCAAUCCGUUGUUGCAUUGUGUCCCCCGUCAUAGGAUGAAAGAUAUAUAAUGUAUAGGAUUUAUUUUUUUUAUAUUUUCAAGGUACUGCUUAAUGAGGUUUGUAUAUUUUAUGCAGUAACAUGCUUGAAAUUGGUAUCUAUUUCAUUAAUAUAUACAACAGGAGACACUGGAUGUCAUUGUAUAUAGUGCAGAAUGUUGCUAUAGUACCCAAACUACUUCUUUUCAAUUGAUAGCGAAGAACUACAAUUAGUUAUAAAGCUUAGUCAUCACACCCACUACAGAGAGAUCCCCAUAAGUCAUUUGUUUCAAAGUUACUAAAUUAUGACAGACACAACACAGAAUUCUUGCUGGUAGCAACAAAACUUCUAAAAUGGAUGGAGAAAACUGGUUGGAUCAACAUUCUACCAUUUCUUGGUACAAUGGUAGAAUGUUAGUUAUAUCUACAGAAAAUGUGGGUUUGAGUCCUGUGUAUAGGCUUUGGCUUUUUUAUCCAAGGGUUUUUUAACCUAAUAUUUACAUACUAUAUUUAUAGCUUUAGCUAGUUUGAGUUCUAUUAAAAACAAAUAUUUCAUAUAUAUAUUUAAGUCACAAUAUAUGGAUUCAACUAAUCCAGUGGUACUCAUAAAAAACCUCCUUAUCUUUGCAUAUGAAACAAUUUGUUGUGAUAUUUGAAUUUUCCAAUGGUUAAAUAAAUUUCAUCAUACAUUUUCUUUUGUCAUUUGUAACAUACACACACACACGUAUGUAUGUAUAUAUACAUGUACGGCCAUAUCACCAAAUUGUCCACUGGCUUUGUACCUUUGAAGAAUUGUGAAACGACAACCCCUUCUUGAAAAACAGGGUUGGUGACAGGAAUGGCAUCCAGCUGUAAAAUAAAAUCUUCAAUAACAGUCACCUAACUCAAGCUAGCACGGAAAAAAGUUAUAAGAAUGAAGCAAAUAUAUGUACACAUUGUGUGUGUGUCUAUAUACAUACAUAAAUAUGUAUGUACACACACACACAUACAUGCACACAAACACAUACAAACAACAACACCAACACACACUUGUCAUUUCACCUCUCGUACACUCAUAUGCACAUAUAUACAUGCAGGUAUACACUGAUAUGCACAUAGCCUCUCAUGACCAAGCACACAUGCACAUAUGUCCAUAUACGACUUCACAUAUGCACAUGUAUAUACACAUGCACUCAUAUGCACAUGCAAACAUACAUAGCCACACCCACCCACUCACACUUUUCACCUCAUCUCACCUCUUGACUGAAUUGAAUAUCAGCCACCAAGCUGCAUGUUGACUCACACCCUUAUACAUACAUCACUCACAUAAACACAGAUAUUCCCACGCACACACAUACACUGGCCAUCUUCACAUUCUCCUGUCCCAAAAAACCACUUUAUCUCUUUUCACUUCUGGGCACUGCAGCAAUGUAACUACACACAUUCUAUUGGUGAUUUUCCUCCUUUUGGACUUUUCCCUUUCUGAUGAAGAGCUAUGCUUGAAACAUCAAAAGCUCUCUUUUUUUACUGAGUGUCAAACUAAUACAUUCCACGUGCACGUCCUCUUGUUUGUUUAUUUGCUUUAACUAUAUACAUAUAUGUGAAGGCAAUGAACACAAAAGAAACAACACAGGAGGGACAAUUUCUAGCAAAUGUAUUAAUGUAACACUUAAAAAGAAAAGAAAGGUCCUUGAUGUUUUAGACACUAGUCCUUCAUCAGAAGAAAGAAAACAUAUAAAAGAAGAUGUGUGUGGAAAAGUGGUUCGGUGAAUGCUGUUCUUUAAGAGGAGAAAUGGUGUGUGCAUAUACAGGAGGCUAUCUGUGUACAGAAAUGCUGUGUGGAAGUGUUUGUGGUGGUAUGGGAGUGUGAGAAAGCAUGCAAAUAUAUGUUGUAGGGGAAGAUGGUAUGUAGGUGUAAUCGCAUAUGUGGUGAAUAUAUAUGUAGGUAUAUGCACACAUACACUCAUAUAUUAAGUGAUUCAUCACUUUUUCAGAAUAAGACUGAAAACGUGUGAAAUUGUCUCCCCUACUAUCCUUGGAAGAUAUCACUAUAUUGUUUUUUCUAGCUAACUUUUUUAAUAUUCCCUGUUUUAAAUUUGCUGACAUUAUCCAUUAUCAUGUUGCUGCAUUAUCCAUUUUCUAAAAAAUGUAUUUGUAAUUUCCUUUGCCAAUCAAUGUAUAAUCUUGUCUAUUUAUUGAUUUCUUCAUCACUAUACUUUGCUGAGGAAAUCAGAGUAAGGCCAAAAAGAUGCCUAGCAUGUUUUUGGAAAAUUGUAGUGUAAUAUUAAUCAUUGACUUUUUUCUUUCCUGUCACCAUAUAUAUUUCUAUUUUAAGCAUGUCAGUAUUAACUUGCAUCUGGGUAAUGUCUCCCAAUUAAUUAUUCAUUAAACAAUUCUAGAUAUAUCAUUUUUAUGACUGUAGAAGUAAAUAACAAUGGUUUCAGUUUUUCUUUGAAAGCUAAGAAACCAUUAUUGGUGCCACUUUUACCAAGACAAUCUACCACCAAAUCAAAUGCCUUGAAAUAUUUUUAGUUGCAUAUUUUCUGAUGUACAAGUUUAAGACCUUUUGACUCUGGUUUUCAUUCCUUAGUCAUCAAUAAUAUAAGUGACUGUAAGAAAAAGCAUUGUGCUGAUUCAGUAAAAGGUUAGAUGAAAUAAAUUAUUAUUGAAGUCUUGGCAUUCUCUACUUUACCAUACCAUCCUCCACUUCUGUUGUUACAUACUUCUGCUUGAAACUUAGUUUAAAGAUGACUUUUAAAAGUAUUUUUGCUUUUACAUGUUUAUUUAUAUUUGUGUUUUAUUUUUACAUCUUUAUUUGUAUUUAGAUUUUUUAUCUUUGCUUAUAUUUUACUUGUCUUCUUAAUUUUUCAUUUUCAAGUUAUAUUUUUUGUAAAAUUAAUCAUUUUCAGAGCAUGUGUUUUUUGUUGUGUGUCUCCCAAUUAGCUCUGAUUGGAGACCACCUCACUAUCUUUUUGACUAUUACUACUACAACUACUACUACUAUUACACUAGUCCUAUCUUAUCAAAAUUAGCUAGUAACUGCUUACCACUUUCUUUCAAACUUACUGGCCACAUUUGUCUCUCCUCUUCUUGGCACCCAUCCUUUACCUUCUCCCACAAGUUCCACAGUAACCACUUACUCCAAUCCUUCUACCUUAGGACAUCAACCAACUGGAAUUCCUGACCCAGCUAUGUUUUUCUAACAGAUGUUAACUUGCAAUUGUUCCAGCAGAAUAUUAACCAAAUCAGUCUGUAGACUUUUAGAGCCUGUAAAGAUCAUGCAUAUAGUCCUUCCCUCCUUCUAGCUGGCACUUAAAAAAAAAAAACAAAGAAGGUGGGCAGAUAAGCAAGAAAUAUGUACUUUCUCAUGGUAAUACAUCAUAAUGGUUGUUGCCUAGUUUGAACUUCUAAUAAUAUGAUUAUUAGCCCACUACUUUUACUCCUGCAUAAUUUUCCGUAACCCCUUACCCGGCAAAGAUGAGUUAACUUGUCUUCACCCAAUUUGUCUUUUUCGGAGUGCAAUGAGUAAACUCGUCUAAAACAUAUAAUUUCAAAAGCAACCACAAACGAAUUUUCACAAAUUACGUUCAGAUGUUGAGCUCAGAAGAUGACGAUGAGUAUGAAACUUCUAUUAGAAGCUUGAAUACAUCAGAUGAGAGUGCAAGCUUGUCUGAUUAAAAAAAGUUCGUCUGAAAAUAAAAUGUUUUCUCCAAAAUAUUUCUCCAGGAAGGAGUUAAGCAGUUUUGCAAAAUUCUUUGAAUAGUAACUUGGCUCAGGAAUACUGAUUUACUAGUUUCAUAAUAAUAACAGGCUUAUUGUAAACAGUGCUGCUUAGGUGUACUACAACUAAUAAUAGUUUAUAUAUCAAGACAUGUUUCAGUCCUCUUUAUUUAGAAAAUACAUUUAUUACAAUAUGGAAUCGAUGCUUAUUAUCUUUGCAGUCUCCACCCCACCUGAUUCAUAGUCAGCUUCAACAGCUGUGGGUCAGUGUUUGCUAGAAAAGUGUGAGUGGUUAGGGGCUUCCAGAGACUAACAGUUUCAAAGAAAGAAGGGCUGGCUGUAGUAUUUUGUGUGGGAUUUGAGAGAUGAGACAGAGGUGAUGAAGCAAGGGAGAUAAAUAGGCUGGGUGCUUAGAGUGGAGCGGACACAGUAAUGUGUUGUGCUCUUAGUGUUUUCUUAAGUUUUGCAUUAAUAACUUUUAUCCGUUUCUAUUUGAUGGUCAAGUAUUGGUGUUAGGAAGUACAAUAGCCAUUACCAUGAAGAGUGCAUUAGCAAUGAACUUUAGUCAUAUCUCUGUGAUGUCACAUCAAUUUGUAACUCUCCCUUUUUUUUGUCUAUAUUUUUCAUUCAACUAUUAACCUUACUUACAACUGUUCAAAGUGAACUCUAUCUUGUUAUUUUAGUAUUUCCAGUUUAAAAUGGAACGUUUCUUUCCCAUCUAGGGCCAACAUAAAAUAUUAUAUAUAUAUAUAUGUAUAUUUGGGAUAAGCAGUUACUUGAACUAUGAUAGAUUUCUGGGUCAUAGUCAUGGAUUUCUUCAUUGUUAAUUUUAUUGUUGCCAUCAUUGUCAUCAUUUUAAUGUUUACUUUUCAAAGCUGACAUGGGUUGGACAAAACUGAUUGAAAUAUAGAAUACACUAUAACAAAAAACCCAUACAAGUGUGAAAUAUUUGUUCUUUUGUGUCUGAAUUAUGACAUAUACAAACAAUGAUUGAGGCAUUAUCAAUGCCCCUUAUGUUGGAAGCAUACUUUAUACAUCUUACUCUCAAACUUGUCAUACAAACUAUUAAACUACUACAAUCUCAUUGAUUUCAUCCAACUGUUCAUAUUUUAUGAAAGCUUGAAGUUUAACAAUACAACCUUUCAUUUAUAAAGUGACUGAAAAAAAACAAACUGAUCAACCUAUAUUUUUUUAGACUUGUUACAAGAAUUUUAAUAUAUCUGAAUUUAUAGAAAAUACUUUUUAUCUAUAUUGUGUAAAACUGUACAUAAAUUUGAGAAAUAUAAUGGACAAAUAAAACAUUAUUUAGUCCUAGCCGCACACAUCUCAUAUAUCUGCUGUAGCUAUCAAUUCAAAGUUAUGGGAGAAGACGUCCUAAUUACUGCAAAAUCAGAAUCAUGUGGUUGUGUCGGUAGUUUCUUAACCUCACAUCUAUUCCUGCACCCUUAACAAGUUGCUUCAGUUUAUAUUUUUGUAAAUUGUAUCUCUAUCUAUCUGACUUAUUUAAUUAGUACAAAAACAUGUACUCAAUUGAAACCUAUACUAGUGUGUAUAUUAGAUGCAGUUAUUACUUUUGAGGAUAGGUCAUCAGACAAAAUGCCUUGCAGUAUUUGUUUUCAUGUUCUGAGUUCAAAACUUUGCAUUUCAUCUUUUCAUAGUCAAUAAAAUAAAGUACUGGUCAAGGCUUCUCCCAAAUUUCAGGCUUUGUGCUUGUAUUAGAAGCUAUUAUUUUGGAGUUAUUUCCCUUGGACUUUAUAUUUUCUUGGCUGGAAACUUUAGCGUUACUUAUAAUUGUAUUUAUACAUAAGAUAUUUGUUGCCUCGCUGUAUUAUUAUUAUUGUGCUCUCGUUCGUUCGUUAUAAUCCUGAAAAGAACAUUAAUUGAACAACCAUAGGAUAGUGACUUUGAUCUAGUUGGUUGAAACCAAUGUGUUGGAGUAAUGCAAACAACAGCUAUUUUUCAUAUAUGGUUUCUCAUUUAGAUACUUGGCCAACAGUCUUGUGAAGAGGGUUGUUGAUACCAUCAAUCCCAGUACUAGAUAGGUAUUUUAUUUUAUAAUCUUGGAAGGAUUUGAACUCACAAUAUGAAGACUCAGCAAAUACCUGCAAAGCAUUAUUUCCACUGCUCUAAUGAUUCUGCUGGCUCACUGCCUUAGCAUUUGUUUCAGAUAGAGAAUUAAUUUAUAUGAAGUUUAUAGUCUUUGGAGGAAAGAAGGAAAGGUGAAUAAAUCUUAACGACUUGUAAAAUAACAAUGAAACAAGCUGCUUUAAUCCACAUCCUAAACUGUGGAAAAGGGUCUCGUGGUCCUAAUUUCCAGUGAUUCAAAAUACAUAUGGCUUUGAUUCCUUCAUAAUCCACUUUAUUUUGCUACUCUAGUAAUACACGGUGUGCAGUUUGGUUGAUACUUAUAUAUUUUGCAUUGAAGUUAUUUUGCUUUUAUUCUUAAAUGAAUGAGUUAUUCUAAUCCAACAAGAGCACUAUUUUUAUAUUCCCUCAUGUACAAAACUUAUCCACAAGAAAUUGAAAGCAAUCUAACAUGUUUUAUUUUAAAUUUUAUGUGAAAUUGACCUUUUUGUCAAGAAGUUCUUAUUAUGGAAUAGUCACUUUAAAUAUUUAUUAACAUUAACACAAUGGACACAAAUGAACUUUAAUUAAAGGCAGUUGAUUUUUAAAAGAUUUACUUUUUCUGCAUUUACUGUUCCAUUAAAUAAAUAUAAUUCAAAUGGAAAUCAAUUCCAAAUUAUUCUAAAUACUAAACAAUUCCCAAAUAUAUCAAAUAAAAUUUCAUAUAUAUUUGUUUUAUUUCAUAA